CUCUUCUGUCAGAAGUCAAAAGUAUCAGGACGUCGCGUUGUUUGUUUCUCGGCCACACGACAAAGAUGGCCUCAAGCAGUACAAGCAGUGAGGAAGAGCAGAGCCUCAGAGAGUGCGAGCAGUAUGUGCAGAAGCACAACAUUCAGCAGCUGCUUAAAGACUGCAUCAUCCAGCUGUGCACGGCACGGCCCGAGCAGCCCAUGGCCUUCCUCAGAGACUACUUUGAAAAACUCGAGAAGGAGGAGGCCAAGCAGUUGGCUUCACAGCAGAAGUCUAGCUCAUGGUCAGACUCCCGUGACGAUGAAGUUUCUCCACCCAUGAACCCUGUGGUGAGGGCUCGGAGCCGGAGAGGAGCCAUCAGUGCUGAGGUGUACACUGAGGAAGACGCAGCCUCCUAUGUCAGAAAGGUCAUCCCAAAAGAUUACAAGAGCAUGGCUUCCCUGUCCAAAGCCAUGGAGAAGAAUGUUCUGUUUGCUCACUUGGACGACACUGAGAGAAGUGACAUCUUCGACGCAAUGUUUUCUAUCAACUACAUUGGUGGAGAAAAAGUGAUCGUACAAGGUGAUGAGGGAGACAACUUCUACGUUAUUGACCAGGGAGAGAUGGACGUAUAUGUGAACAGUGAGUUGGUGACCAGUAUUAGUGAGGGAGGUAGUUUUGGGGAGCUAGCUCUGAUCUACGGGACCCCCCGAGCAGCCACAGUCCAGGCCAAGUCCAAUGUCAAGCUAUGGGCCAUCGACAGAGACAGCUACAGGAGAAUACUGAUGGGGAGCACUUUGAGAAAGCGCAAGAUGUACGAGGAGUUCCUCAGCAAGGUGUCGAUCUUAGAGUCUCUGGAUAAGUGGGAGCGUCUGACGGUGGCUGAUUCCUUGGAGAAGGUGCAGUUUGUGGACGGCCAGAAAAUAGUGGUGCAAGGAGAACCUGGUGAUGAGUUCUUCAUCAUCCUGGAGGGGACGGCAGCGGUGCUUCAGAGACGGUCAGUGGAUGAGGAGUUUGUGGAGGUUGGCAGACUUGGUCCGUCAGAUUACUUUGGUGAGAUCGCCUUGCUGAUGAACCGGCCCCGCGCGGCCACUGUUGUUGCGUGUGGACCCCUCAAGUGUGUGAAACUGGACCGGCCGAGGUUCGAGCGAGUCCUGGGUCCCUGCUCUGACAUCCUGAAGAGAAACAUCGAGCAGUACAACAGCUUCGUUUCACUCUCGGUCUGAUCUCGUCUGAUGCAGGGUCCAUCAGCAAACAUCUGCUACUCUCUCAUAUGUAACCACACCCUCAUGAUCCAUUCUUAUUUAUUGUAUGUUUUUCCUUUGUAAUCAGAAGAUAGACUGCGUUGCUGAAGCUGUAAUCCCAAAACCAAAUAAGUGUGUGCAUACACUUACGUAGAACAUAAAACUGAACUGAAAUAAUGGUGUAAGACUGACUGAGCUCAGAGAUCAGUCACCAGUUGAUCAAAGGUAACUGUGAGCCGAUCAAGACUGGUCAUUUAAAAAUGCUGUCAGUGUAUUUAUAGAACACAUUUUAAAACAGGCUGUAGUGAAAAACAUUCAGACAGUUACAAUGAGAUUAUUCACAUAAAAAUCCGCAAAUAAUCAAUACGAAAUAUGAACUGUUCUAUUGUCACAGUAAAACUUCCACAGUGUGAUGAGCAUAACAACAAAUGUUAUGCUUGGCUUUGCAGCAUUGAGUCAAACACGUGAAAGUGUGAAUGCAUUCAGUCGGCUUGCUGUGCACAUUUUAAGACUUCAAUAAGAUACAGUGACUGAUGGUUUUAUGCUAAAUGAGGAGGCUUAUGCUUUUUAAGCUUUUUUUGUGCUGCUGGUCUUUUCCGUUUGUCCAGAUACUUUGUCACAUUAGCAGAAGGGUUUGGGGGGGUGGCAGUGUUGGGUCAGUUAGACAACCGCAUUGGUCCAGAAUCUAAAAUGUCAAAUACAUUCUCUGUAACAUUCGUUAUCCGGGUGCCCCUCUGGAUGAACUUUAGUUACUGUGGGCAUCUUCUGACUUUCAUCUACCGCCAUCAUCAGGUCAAUAUUUUCAAAGUAAUUUGGUGAACAUGCUAAACAUGAUACCUGCUGCACACCUGUAACAUUGCCACUGUCAACAUAUUGGCAUGUUGUCAUUAGCCUCACUAACAUAGCUGCAGACACUUAGGGCCUGAGUUUGUUGUUUUUUUAUAUCUAUUUUUAUAUGUUGUUGAUUUACCUUAUAAACACACUUUUCGGAGUUGCCUUGACACUCACAUUCUCACUUUGCCUGCAUCUAGUCUAAGAGUUUGACAGAAGUACCAGCAGUACACCCACAGUAUGGGUUUUUUAAACCAUUUUUUAAAUGAGAAAAUGCACAAUUAUGUUCAGAUUAAGCUUCAGAUUUAGCUUAAACACUUCGGUCAUUUAUCAUUCUGUCUCAUGGUUUUCAUUACUCAUUGCUAAUUGGAAAUGUAGCUUUGAUUUCAUCAUUUUGGGUGUAACAUACAGGUUCUUACAUUUGACUGAUCAAUUUUACAUCAUUAAUUAAUUAAUGAUAGGGUGAAAAAGAGUGAGGACAUUUCAAGUACAUCUUUUUUUCUUUCUGCUCUUCAAAUGUGAUCCCCUCAUGUCAAAUGCUCCAUAUUUACUUUUCAGUUUCUGUUAAACGAUUCUGCAAAUAUCCCUUUAACUCCACUGACUUGAUCACAGUUGUUCUAUUUAGCCCUCUGCUUCACAUAUAUAAGAGUAAAUAAAUAUAUUUUUGCACAUUUUGUGAUAAACAAAACUAUAUUAUGGGAAAGAAAAUGUUUAUAUGAUGGUAAGUUCAGUGUUUGUGUGCGUCUUAUCCCAUAAUUUAAAGAGAAUGUAGGUCAGUACUUACAGAAAACAACAACACUUAAAACAAAAGGUUGGUGUCUUUUGUCUGCCAUUUAGAUAGGAGCUGUGGGUGGUACAUGUAUCUGUCGGCGUCAAACAUUUUUCUGCACUAAUACAUGGAAGACACUUCAUCACAGCUAAGUUCCAAAUAUAAUUGAGUUCCAAAUUAGACCUUAAGAGACGAUGCUGUGGAGGUUUUGAUUGGUUCAGUUUAAAAAAAAUACUUUGUAUCAGCAACUGAAAGUGGGUUCAAAAGAAGUUAAAUGGCUUUGUGAUCAUACGUAUCAGUAAUGAUGACCUCAUGUUUUAGGCUGUUAAAUGUAACCGUAUGAAUUAGUUGAAAAACAAUGGAUUAUUGAAUAAGGAUCCCAGUAAGUUAGUCGUGCAUUUACUUAAAGUUGGGAGACUUGUGAGAGACAGAUUUCAAAAAACAAUUGUCGUUAUCAUUAUAUAUAUAUAUAUAUUUUCAGAAAUUUUUUUCAAAAGCCUAAAAAGGUACAGAUACAGCCAUACAGAAAGUUUGGGCUAAACUUCAUUACAUGACCACAGAAUAAGUGAAGAAGAGAUUGGAUGUCUUGUUUGGGACAGACUCGCGCAGUGGACACAUUCCAGAUGAUUUCAGCAAACUGAGCUCCACCAGUAAACUUGCCUUAUGCUCUUCAAUGAUCCUUGUCACUCUGUUUUGUUCUGUUACAUCUUCUUAUCCAGUAUUUUCUUACAUUCCCUUAGAGGUCAUUACUGCAGCAAGUGCAGGUCAUGGUUAGUUUUUGCCUUGACAUUUAUUUAGUUUGAUGUUUUUUCUGUGAUAAACGUGCAUCCAGAGUGUUGAACCUCUCCAAUCUGUUCUUGUUCACUUGCACGACACUCGUUGGUCAUAUGUAUGGUAUGGUGUCAUCUUGACUUUGGUACUGUAUUAUUUAUUUUAAUCAUUACACUUAGAGUAUUUGUCACUGAGUGCUGUCUUCACGCAUAGGUAACACUGCACUGUGCUUAGUGAAACACAUGCAGCAGUCUGCCGUCGCAGAGGACCAGUGUUUUUUUUUUUUACAGUUUGUACGCCUUUCUAAGAGUGAUUGGAGUGACUGCUCUUCAAUGUUCCUGUGUUUCUCGGUAGGACUUCCUCACAGUAGGUCAAGCAAUAAAAAGAUCAGUGUUUUCA